CACUGCACAGUUAUUUCUACUGAAGGUGAAUGUGGCGCUAGUUUGCGUGUGUGUUUUCCUCUGACGCAAAGUGGCGCGACAGACAGCGCAUCUGCUACGGUGAACAGGCGCAGACGAACACGGCAGCGCAGCAGACAUGGCAGACGAAAAACCCAAGGAAGGAAUGAAGACGGAGAACAAUGAGCACAUCAACCUGAAGGUGGCAGGGCAGGAUGGCUCAGUGGUUCAGUUCAAGAUCAAAAGGCACACCCCACUCAGCAAACUCAUGAAAGCAUAUUGUGAACGACAGGGGCUGUCAAUGAGGCAAAUAAGGUUUCGAUUUGAUGGUCAACCAAUCAAUGAAUCAGACACACCUUCGCAGCUAGAAAUGGAGGAUGAAGAUACGAUUGAUGUGUUCCAACAGCAGACCGGAGGCUCUUCUCUUUAAAGACUGUUUCCUAAGACUCCCCCUUCUUGCUCCUCAUGUUAUUGCCCCGUCUUCAAAUGCUCAUGACCAGUGUUGAUACCAUCCAGUGGAAAACUCAAAUGCUGGACGACAGCAACGCAGUUGGUGUAGAUAGUUUUUUUGUUUGUUUGUUUGUUUUUUGUUGUUUUUUUUGGUCUCUCAUUCAGAUGCUAACAUUUCUUAACUGUGCUGUGUAGGCAAACCUAUGAGCUGCUCUUUGUCUCAUGUGCCCAACAAAUCAAACUGUUUGUUUUUCUUCUCUUGAUUAACAAGUUUCAGAAGAAACUUUUUGGUCCUUAUUUUUGCUUUUAUACAUAUGUCAUUGAGGUAUUGGUUUAGAUUAAAUUUUUGUUAUGAUUCAGGGUGCAUUUUAAAAUGUAU